AUGCCGGCCAACAGCCCUCCGCCAGAGUCCGAGCCGCGUCCCUACCCCGACCCGUACCACAUAGUCGACGCGCUUCGAGCGCUCGAAUCGCGAUGGGUUCCCGAAGACCGCUCGUUCGUUUCCUCUUUCGCGAAUGCGGGUCGCGCGUUCCUCUCCCUCCUCAACGCCUUCGCGUCGCUCCGCGUCUUCGCGUGGCUUCGUCCGGUUCUCCCGGCGCUUUUAACGGGCGCUUGCGUCAUGAUCGUCUGCCUCGCGUCGCUGCUGGCUUUAAGAGGCGGCGACGUUCCCAGUCGCGACUCGAUCGCAGCCGGUGGUAUAAGCCGUCGUGGAGGAGCGUUGGGGAGUGGCGGCGUGAUUGGCGGCGUGAAUCGCGGCGGGAAUGGCGGCGUGGGAGGAGGGGAGGAGUUUAAAGUGGACCUAUGGGUGGAGCGAGAGAUGCUGCUCCAUGCCGAGACUGUGUACCAGGACAACAUGCGCCGUCGAUCGGAGUUCUUUGGCGGGCGAUCUCAGCCGUUGGAUUUGGACAUGCGGCAGGAGCUGGAGAGCGUGAUGGUGGCCCCGUACCCCUGCCCCAUGGAGGAGCGGCUGGGCAUCUGGGCGGACGGGGGGAAGUGGGUUUGCAACAUGAGGUCUUUCAUUCCAGAACACCCAAUCGUCUACAGCAUAGGGUCCAAUGGAGAGUACACAUUUGAGCGCGACAUUGCUGCUCGCCUGCACACAAGUCCAUUCACAUUCGAUCCGUUCCUUGAUCCUUCAAUGGAGCACACCAUGAUGCGCCUGCCCUUCCUGUCAUUUGAGGCCGUCGGAUUGGCGGCGAAAUCAACGGUGGAGCAGUGGAAGCGGGAGACCAAGGGGAAGGCGUUUAUGACUCUAGAACAGGUUAUGGCAAAGCACAACCACUCACAUAUUGAUGUGUUCAAGAUUGACUGCGAGGGGUGCGAGGCGGUGGUGCUGUUUGACAUUCUGCCGGCUGUUGGAGUGCCAGAGGGAACUCGCCCCUUGCCGCUUGGGACCCCCCCCAUCGGCCAGCUAAUCAUAGAGUUCCACAAUGUGGGCAACCCCAGCAAGACACUGUUCAUGAUUUACCAUCUGGAGAAGAUGGGGUACCGAAUUUUCCAUGUGGAGCAAAACGCUCAGCACCCAGAGUGCUGUACUGAGAUCUCCUUCAUUCAUGAAAGCCUGGUGUACUCUAAAUGA